AUGCCGACUAUGCUUGGUCUCACCAACGAUCGCUCACCUCACGGGCUUAACGCAGAAGAAAGUAAAUUUGGUGGCCCCUCCAGCCAAAGAGGCAUGGAACUUACCCCGCGCCAACAAAAUGGUAGCAUUGUAUCCGGCAUCGAAGGCUCCGACUUCUUCAACGGUGGUGGCAAGCAAAAGGAACACGACGCAGAUGAGGAAUCAGAUGAGGAGAACCUCAAAACCAUCAAAGGCCGUAACCUCUCCGCCGUCAAGGAGAUGGAGACCCUUCUCUGGCGUGCCCUCUGCGAUAAGCCCAAGACUGCCCUCAAAUACAUCGCCAAGGACGCCGUCAUGUCGAACCGCUUCCUCUUCGGCGACCCUGUCCCCCGGACCGCUGACUCUGAUCCUUCUCUAGAGGAAGAGAUCAAGCACUGUGAGGAGUGGCUCGCCUACAAGAUGCACGACCCCCAGCCCGUCGAGAUUGGUCUCAUGGCGGCUGCCAUUGGCUACAAGCUCAUCCUCUUCCGCCAACUUGACCAAGGAGAUGGCAACUUUGGCAUGCAGACCGUUCAGGCUACAUGUUCUAGCUCCUGGAGGCAACUUGCUAGUGGCGACUGGGAGCUCACUAGUAUGUUUGCUGGUUAA